AUGAGCACACCACAAAUAGUAGACUCGCACAUCCACCUUUUCCCAGCAAGCCACCUCGAAACACUAUCAUGGCACAGUUCCAACAACCCCUUAGGCGCACAGCACAGCGUAAACGAAUAUCGCCAAGCAAUCAACUCUCAAGUCCGAGGCUUCAUAUUCCUCGAAACGGAUCGGAUUUCCUCUCUCUCCCCGCCCAAUUGGACCCAUGCCCUAGACGAAGUCUCAUUCCUGGCGCGCAUUGCACAAGGCACGCCUAUUCCAGGUGAAGGCCACGAGCCACGAGAUAAAGAUCUUUGUCUGGGCAUUGUUCCCUGGGCGCCUGUUCCCAGUGGUGCGGAUGAGGUCGCGCGGUAUAUGGAACUUGUGCGUGAGCGGAGUGGUCAGGCCUGCCAAGCUGUUAGGGGAGUGAGGUAUCUUGUUCAGGACAAGGCGAAGGGGACUAUGCUUGGGGAUGGAUUUUUGGAUGCGCUAAAGUAUCUAGGGAGGAAGGGCUUGACUUUCGAUCUUGGGGUUGAUGCUAGGAGUGGUGGAUUGGGACAGUUGAGGGAGGCGGUUGAGAUGAUGGAGAGACUUGACGAAGGGGACGGUGUGAAGAUCAUCAUUAAUCAUAUGUGCAAGCCUAACCUUCGGCUUUCGGGGGCAGAAGUGUUUUCUCAUCCUGAGUUUUUGGAGUGGAAGGAUCUUAUUGGCAAAAUGGCAAGGGUGCCUGGCACUUAUAUGAAGCUUUCUGGGGCAUUCUCGGAAUUGUUGCCUUUGGGGAAAGAGGUUGAUAUUGCGAAUAUCCUGGAUUGUGUUCUGCCUUGGACGGACGUGGUUUUUGAUGCUUUCGGGCCUGAGCGUGUUAUGUUCGGAUCAGAUUGGCCUGUUUGCAAUCUUGGCGGGGGUGGAAAUGAUGUUUCAUGGGACAGAUGGAGGUCUGUAGUGGAGGAACUCCUACGGAACAGAAAGUUUUCCGAAUAUCAGAAGAGAGGCGUGUGGAAAGACGUUGCCUUGCGGGCAUACGGAAUUGCGAUAUAG